GAUGCACCGAAAAGUAGAGACGAGGAAAGUAGAAACGGAACUAGGACUGAUAUCAACAACCAGAGUUACAACUUAGUCAAAACUCGAUUGCAUUUAAAACUAAUUACCGUUACACUCUUUAAGUUAUCGUUUUUGUAUUUGAUACAAAUGCCGUAUUAUCGGGGAAGCUUUUCCCUGUGUGUCGUGGAAGUGGUUUGUUUUUGUGCUAAACCUCAGCCCAUCUGCUGAUCUAGCUAUGCUUAUCAAGGUUGCGGGCGAGGCUGGAUUGUCUGCUAGCUGUCGUUGACACGCCCUAGUAGUUUAGGCGCUGAUAUACCGGUAGCCCGGUUUGCUCGCAAUGCUUCUUCUGCUGCACCCACUUGUCAACUUACGUUAGCUCCACUCCUGCUGUCUGUUGUUGCCCAAUGGCUCACUGCGGUUCCAACGAGACGAGCCCAAAGGUACAGGCACCGCGUCCCGAAAUCAUCAAACCGAGACAUGGUAGCAUAGACCAAAGCAUAAAGCCGGUACUGUUCGAGAUCUUUGGCGAGAUAUGGACAGUUCAAUCACGGCUCGGCCAAGGAGUCUCAGCCUCGGUGUACCGGGUCAGUUCAGGCAGAGCCGCUGCCACCACCGCCGCCGCCGUCAAGGAGUUUCAUCCCGAUGCUCAUGGAGGAGAUUACGGGUAUCACAAGGAGAGGUCCGUGCUGGAAGAUAUCCAGGGACAUAAAAACAUUGUGACACUGUACGGGGUGUUUACCAACCACAGCUGUAUGGGUGUUGCUAACCACUGUCUUCUGCUGGAGCUCUUGGAUGUCAGUGUAUCUGAUCUGUUGGUGAGAGGCAGCAAUGGUUCCCAGGUUGGUAGACCCCAGCAGGGCCAUUCCAUGUGGCUUGUCCAGCACUGUGCCAAAGACAUCUUGAUGGCUCUUGCCUUCCUUCACAGGGAAGGCUACGUCCAUGCUGACCUCAAGCCACGCAACAUUCUCUGGGGUGCUGAUGACGAGGGCUUCAAGCUCAUUGACUUCGGCCUCAGUUUCAAAGAGGGAAAUCAGGAUGUCAAAUACAUCCAAACAGACGGGUAUCGUGCUCCAGAGGCUGAGCUUCAGAACAGCCUCGCUCAGUCCGGGGUGGAGGUGGACUCAGGCUGCACAACUGCUGUGGACAUAUGGAGCCUUGGCAUCAUCCUGUUGGAGAUGUUCUCAGGAGUCAAGCUCAAAGACACCAUCUGCUCCCAUGAGUGGAAGGAUAACAGUACUGCCAUUGUAGAUCAUCUUUUUGCCAGCAACAGUGUGGUGUGCCCUGCCAUCCCUGUCUAUCACCUCAGAGACCUUAUCAAAAGUAUGCUUCUCAUUGACCCAAAGCAAAGAUGCACUGCUGAAACUGCCCUGUUGAGCCCAUUCUUCAGUAUUCCCUUUGCUCCUCGCAUUGAGGACUUGGUUCUGCUUCCCACGCCUGUCCUGCGUCUUCUUAACCUGAUUGAUGACAGCCAUCUGCACAAUGAAGAAGAGUAUGAAGACAUCCUGGAGGACAUGAAAGAGGAGUGCCAGAAGUAUGGCUCCGUAGUUUCUCUGCUCAUCCCCAAGGAAAACCCAGGGAAAGGACAGGUUUUUGUAGAGUAUGCCAACUCCAGUGACUCCAAACAGGCUCAGAGGCUACUGACGGGCCGCACCUUUGAUGGGAAGUUUGUUGUGGCUACCUUCUACCCUCUCAGCGCCUACAAAAGAGGUUACUUGUACCAGACUGUGCAGUGAAGUUCUACAGCUCAAUUUACACCUCUUCACUCUUUGCAAGAAAACACAACACAAUAGGCUACCACAGGGGAGAAGUUAUUUUCUUCCUUUGAAAAUAACUACAGCCAACACAAAGUUAUGAGUGGUUGCCCUACAGUGUGAGUUCAAAUGAUUCUGUUAUUGAGUGUGGUUAAUAAUUCUGCAUGUCAUUUGUGUGUUUGUUUUUUGUUUUUUACAGUAAAUCUGUCUUCCAUGCAAAUUGAACUCAGUUAUGAGAAAUGUACAGAAACACUUUAUUUCCGCUGUCUCCGGUCUGCAUUACUCUUGCACUCAGUGCACAUCUAGGUUACCUGCACCAAUCUCAUUUCUGGUUCUGUGGUCUAUGGUCUGGAUACUGCAGUUUCUGUUCUUGCUUCCAUUUUACUAUCUUUCAUUCAUAGAAAUUACCACAAUAAAAUAAUGUGUAAUUAA